AUGGCUUUGGCUGAGUUCAAAGUGGUUGGUGAGGGAGCAUUGAGAGCUGAUCCCCGGCUCCAGGCCUUGUCCCUUUCAUCCCUGUCAUCCCGGUCGUCCCCCUCGUCCCUCCCUGGCCAGCGCACGGGCCCCCCUCCCGUCAGCCCGACCAAGAGGAAGUUGAGCUCAGAGCAUCCGGACAGCGACCUGGACGACAAUGAGCAUGUGACCAAGAUGAGCCGCCUAUUCGCCGCCCAGCUGAAGCCAAGCGGAGAUUACCGCAGCUCUAAGGACCGCAGCCGAACCCCCCCAGAGCGCCUGGUGAUGCCCUCUGCUCUGCACUCCUACCACCCCCAUCUCCCCCAUCUCCCUAUGUCCGCCCUCAGCCUGGAGCAGCCCCUGGCCCUCACCAAGAACUCAGAGAACACCCGCCUCAGCGCCAUGCUCCCUCACCCAGUCUUGGAGCGCCAACAGAAUCGCCCGUCAGUGAUCACAUGUGCUCCAGCCAACAACCGCAACUGUCACCUGUCGCACUGUCCAGGCUCCCACUCCAACUGCUCCAACCUCAGCAACAACUUCAGGAGAAUCCACUCAAACACGGCUUGCGACCCGGUCAUUGAGGAGCACUUCCGCCGGAGUCUGGGCAAAAACUACAAAGAGCCGGAACCCACCGUUGCCGCCGGCAACUCUGUGUCCAUCACCGGAUCUGUGGACGACCACUUCGCCAAAGCUCUGGGCGACACAUGGCUCCAGAUCAAGAACAGAAGCAGCUCCUCGUCCUCUGGGUCCAGUCCCAACUCCUCCCCCCACAACUCCUCCCCCCUCAGCCACUCCCCCGCCCUGCUGUCCUGA